AUGUCCGCAUCCCAAACUGUGCGCAUGUCGGUUUAUUGGAACACGGCACACGUGAUAUAUGGUGCUCCCAACGUGCAUGUCAAGACAAAACAACACAGACUGUUAAGACUACGCAUAUUAUCGUUUCAGGCCGCAAGAUGCAUACGGCUCAGAAGCUUUGCUUCAAUCUUUGAGUAUUCCGAGUCGCUGUAUAUCGGAAUUGAGGGCGUGCUGGCUAUAUAUGCACGUGCCGAGACACAGAAUGCGCGCAAGGCCGGUGUUACGGCUCUCUCCCCGUCGGUCAUCGACGUUGGGUUUAAUAUCAAUUCCAUAAUCAUUUCGUUCUGCGCCGGGACAUUCCAUACAGUACGUACGGCGUCUAGCUCACGGACGGCUCAUGGAGAUGGAGAUAUAUUAUUAUUGAACCCGAUAUUUUUUCUGGUUCCAUAUAUCCUUCUUAUUCAUCUAACCGUCGAGUCUACCAAUUAA